AUGGACAGGAUCAAACCCGGCGCCCAGGGAGGUCUCUACGAGCCCAGCAACCUCGAGGUCAUGUGCGCAGGCUGCAAUUAUGUCAAGCAGCACCACACGCGCGCAUGUGCUACAGAGCUCGUCGCCAAAGUAAAGGCCAGACAGGGUCUGCUCAAUAUUGUGGAUGGCCGGCUUCGGCCUCUGCUACCUGAACGGCCCUUUGCGCCCACGCCUGCUGAGCAAGAGAGGCUGUUGUCCUGGUGCCAGCGGACUGUGACCCGCUUUUCGGCUUCUGCGGAGGGACGUCAACUUCAAGUGACAUUGACUGCACCUUCCCUUCUCUCAAGACUGCUCCCGGUACUCACGAAUGCUCACACCUUCGUCGAUGCAACUGGUGCAGAGGUUGACCUGAAACAUGCCUCGAUCGAUCGAAUCAACCCAGAUGACGGCUAUCAUUCUGCAAAUGUUCGUAAUCUCCUCACAGGUCUCAAUGCAAUCCGACGGGAAGAGCGCGGAGAUCAUUCGAUUAUCGACUACAUCUCUGCGAUGAGACAAUAUUCGGGCCAAUUCCACGUCAAAAUAUGCAUCGCUACUUCUGCUUCACUACCACUCCCAGUCCUGUAG